AUGAAUAAAUCGUCGAAAAUAUUAGCCUUAACUGCUUUGGCAGUGUCGGCGAUUGUAGUUUGCGUGGUGAUUGCACUUGCAGUUGUUCUCUCAGGGCGGUCAACAGACGACGUUGAGAAAAUUAAUAUUAACAGCUUUCAUCCAUCGGCUUACAGGAAGUUCUCCUCCUAUGCAGUCAGCUCUGAUUCAGAAGUCUGCUCCAAAAUCGGAAAAUCAAUAUUCCAAAGAAAUGGAUCUGCGGUGGAUGUUUCGAUAGCAACGAUGAUCUGCAUUGGAGUGGUCAGUUUGCACAGUUGCGGCUUCGGAGGAGGUCAUCUGGCCAUCAUAUAUGACACUCCAAGAAACGAAAGUAGAAAAAUACUGACAACAAUCACAGCGCGUGAACGGGCACCAAGGAAAGCUAAAUUUGAUAUGUUCAGAAAUAUUUCGUCUGAAAUUGGAGGACUAGCCGUUGCAGUACCAGGCGAAAUUAAAGGAUUUUACAACGCUUGGAAAAGAUUUGGGAGAUUGCCAUGGAGCGAUUUGCUGGAUCCUUCAAUUAAGUUGCUGGAAAAUGGUUUCGUAGUUGAAAAAUCAUUGGCUAAAGCUAUUUCAAUGCUCACAAAAGAUCAGCUUGAUAACAAUCCGAGCUUAAAAGCUACAUUCACUAAAAACGAUGGCACGCUCCUAAAACUUGGUGACAUCAUCAAGGAUCAAAAACUGGCCGUGACCUAUCGAAACAUAUCCGCCGAUCCCAUGUCAUUCUAUGAAGGACAUCUUGCGGUGGAAGUCGCGAAGGAAGUGCAAAACGCAGGAGGAAUCAUAACAGAAGAAGAUUUAAAAAAUUAUGAAGUUGAAUGGAAAGAAGCAACAGCCAUAAAACUGCAAGGAACCAACUUAACACACCACAGUCUGAGACCUCCAUCCAGCGGAGUUGUACUGGGACUCAUAUUGAACAUCCUCGCAGGGUACAAACUGACGCCUAAUGACUUUUCUCCAAAAAAUAUGGGUUUGACGUAUCACAGACUGGUUGAAGCGUUUAAAUUUUCUUACGCUGGCCGAGGCAUGAUGGGAGAUGAAAAUUUUGUGAAUGUGUCACAGCUUAUGCAGAAAAUGAUUUCAAAAGAAUUUGCCGAGUUUAUCAGAGCAAAAAUUGACGACAGGAAGACAUUCAACAACACAACUCAUUACAACAAUUCUUAUAAUCAAUUCGAAGACCACGGAACGUCUCAUGUAAGUGUGUAUGGACCUGAUGGAUCAGCCGUAGCCAUGACAUCAACUAUUAACACUGGGUUUGGCUCGCUAGUCAAGGGAUCAAAAACAGGUAUUUUAUACAACAACGAAAUGGAUGACUUUUCAAGCCCUUUUCAACAAAACUACUAUGGCUACGUACCUUCUCCUACAAACUACAUUCAGUCUGGCAAGAUUCCAAUGUCAUCAACGAGUCCAUCCUUCCUGAUGGAUUCUCAGGGAAAUGUCAAAUAUGUUUUCGGUGCAGAAGGUGGCUCAAGGAUAAUAACUGCUUUAGCUGGGGUAGCGGUGGGUGCUCUGUGGGGCAAUGAAACAUUAAAUCAAUCAGUUGAUCGAGCACGUGUACACCACCAACUUCUUCCUGACAGGAUCUUGUAUGAAGACUGGAUUAGCCAGAUGCAUAUUGACGGUCUGAAAAGCAAAGGUCACAUGAGCGAAGUCAUAUCACCAGAAGGUUGGACAGCUGUCUGUAACAUCAUCAAGAUCAACUGUUACCGUGAAGACUGCAUUGAAUCUGUUGCUGAUGGUCGAAAAGGUGGAGAACCAGAUGGAAUGUGA